UUCAUUUAAAGGCGGAUUGCCUAGUAUUUCAGCACACACACACGCGCACACACACACACACAGACACAGGCAGAGCGGCAGAGAUCAUCGUGUGAAGUUUCAUCUGUGAUGAAGAUGAUGAGGAUGAGGCUGGAGAGCAGAGACAGAGACAGAGACAGUGUCUCUGGUUGUUGUCAGUUGAAGAGGAUCCAGCAGCUGCUGCUGCCUGUUGGUUUCAGGACAGAGAUCAGAGAGUUGUCGUCACUGGCUGCUCCAGUGUUAAUUUCCCAGCUAAUGGUUUUCGCAGUGAGUUUUGUCAGCACGGUUUUCUGUGGACACCUGGGAAGAACAGAGCUGGCAGGAGUGACUCUGGCCAUCGCAGUGAUUAAUGUGACUGGAAUAUCUAUUGGCAGUGGAAUGUCUUCAGCCUGUGACACUCUGAUUUCUCAGACGUUUGGGGGCGGUAACCUGCUGAGAGUGGGCGUCAUCAUGCAGCGAGCCAUCCUCAUUUUACUCCUGACAUGUUUCCCCUGCUGGGCGAUCCUCAUCAACACUGAGCCCCUGCUGCUGGCGGUCAGGCAGGAGCCGGAGGUUGCCAGGUUGGCUCAGCUGUAUGUGAAUAUUUUUAUGCCGGCACUUCCUGCUGCGUUCAUGUUUUCAUUACAAUCAAGAUAUCUGCAGAACCAGGGCAUCAUCUGGCCACAGGUCAUUACAGGCUUUGUGGUGAAUCUUCUCAACGCGUUUUACAACUACAUCGUCCUCUACGCCUUAGACCUGGGAGUCGCAGGUUCUGCCGUCGCCAACACCAUCUCUCAGUUCUCCAUGGCGAUCAUUCUCUACGCUUACAUCAUGUGGCGAGGUCUUCACAAGGCGACGUGGGCAGGUUGGUCCAGAGAGUGUCUGCAGGACUGGGGCUCGUACGUUAACCUGGCCAUCCCCAGCAUGGUCAUGAUGUGCGUGGAGUGGUGGACGUAUGAGAUCGGAAGUUUUCUGGCAGGUUUAAUCAGUGAAGUGGAGCUCGGUGCUCAGGCCGUCGUGUACCAGCUGGCAAACAUUGCAUUCCUGUUCCCAUUAGGUUUCAGUAUCGCCGGCAACGUGAGGGUUGGAAAUGCUUUAGGAGCUGGAGACACAGAACAGGCCAAACUGUCGGCUAAAAUGACCAUUCUCUGUGCAGGUUCAGUGUCCAUAUGUUUGUCCAUCCUCAUCGGGAGCCUGAAGGAUCACAUCUCUUAUAUCUUUACAUACGAUGAACAAAUCAGAGAGAGAGUUGCUGACGUCAUCGCCUUCUAUGCUCCUUUCGUUCUCCUCGAUGCCAUGUCAGCCGCCUCGAGUGGCGUCAUACGAGGAUCGGGUAAACAGAGAGUCGGUGCUAUUUGCAACAUCGUGGGUUAUUACGGGAUCGGUUUCCCGAUCGGAGUGCCACUCAUGUUCACGGCCAAAUUAGGAAUCAAGGGUUUGUGGACCGGUUUGUUCACCUGCGUGUUCCUGCAGUCCUCGUUUCUGCUCGUCUACCUGGUCAAAAUGAACUGGAAUAAAGCGACAGUGGAGGCUCGAAUCAGAGCUGGCAUGUGUGGGAACGACACAGACACAAGCGAGCGGUCGGAUGAUCCGUCGUACUCGCAGCCGCAGACGGACACGACGGAGCUGGUGGACGCCGACGACGCAGUGACCGUCACCGUGCGAGGGGAGGAGCUGGCGUUCCGAGCUCUGGUUCUGCGACGGGGCCUGGUUCUGGCGAUCAUGCUCUUCGUCCUGUUGGUCGGAAUCACUUUGAACUUACUCGUCACUAACUUGGUCACGUGAUCGGCGAGCUGCACUCAGUGGGCGUGACCCGUGAGCCGGCAGCUCGGCGCGAUGCAGGUGUUUGCGCUGCAGCAGGUGGAAGCAGGACGGAGGAGAACAAGAGCAGGAAGCAGACGGACAGACGGACGGACAGUGACUCAUUCCAUGAAUAAAGAUUGUAGAGAAGAAAUGGACAAACGGCAGUGAAGCCGAGGAAGUCGGGUCUUAAGCUGUGUGUGAAACGUUGGACGUAGUCUUCUCGUUACAAACGUAACUCGCAUUUUGAAGCCUUGAGAUUUGACCAAAAAUGGGCGUCACCUGCAGCUGUCAAUCACACUGGUGUCCACUCAUAUGUGUCGUACUUCAUCGUCUGUUUUGGAGGAGCUGAAACUAGUGUUUGGGACCAUUAACAUUCACUGAAGUCAGAAAUCAAGUGACGUUCAGGCUGAUUUUCAGAUUGCUCUUCAGAUCAAUACAAAGAAAACGGAAGAGGUUGUGUUUUGGUCGUAAAGUACCUGUUAGUAUCCGGAAUGACAAAAAUACCAUCGAACUGGAGAUAAAUGGUUCCAAGAUUUACGAAGUUCAGACUGAAGAACUGCAACAUUCCUUCCUACUUCCUGGUUUCCACCAGGAGACCACGUCCAUUUAUUCAUAGUCAAUGAGAAGAACGUAAGACUUUUAAUCUCUUAAUCACUAGUUUCAGCUCUUCUUUAGUAGAACAUGAUGUCCGUUUUGUAACUCAUGUUCACAUUUGGAGGAAAACAGACGAUAAACUACGACACCAGUAUGACUGACAGCUGUUGACGUCUGUGGAUAAAAUUCUGGACAAAUCACAAAUCCUGCGUCUCCUUUUAAAUCCAUUUCUUCCGUACAGCCCAUGUUUACGACCAGUGAAUCAAACUCAUUCUAAAGAUUUUUUCCAGUGAAUUUUUUACAUGAUCUCUGUACACGACGCAGUCUGAUGUCGUCACAUUAAACAGAGUUCGGACUCUUCACUUC